AUGGAGUUACUCCACUUUGCUCUCGUGGUUGCAGUCGCCGCCUGCACAGUGAAAGUUUCUCAUCAGGGCCCAAACCAGCGGAGACUGAUCAAUGAACUGCUGCCUUCAUACCAGCGACUGGAGAGACCAGUCCUCAAUGAUAGUCAGACACUCACUGUGAGCCUCGGCCUCAGCCUCAUGCAGAUCAUCGAUGUGGAUGAGAAGAACCAGGUUUUAACCACCAACAUUUGGCUACACCUGCUCUGGAAUGAUAAUUACCUCCAGUGGAAUCCAGAGGAGUUUCCAGGGGUGGCCAAUGUGAGAUUUCCAGAAACUCUCAUUUGGAAGCCAGACAUUCUGCUCUAUAACAGUGCAGACGAGAGGUUCGAUGCUACGUUCCACACCAACAUCCUGGUCAACUCCUCGGGGGGGUGCUCCUACAUACCUCCAGGGAUCUUCAAGAGCACCUGCAAGAUCGACGUGCGCUGGUUCCCUUUCGACGUGCAGAGAUGUGAACUGAAGUUCGGCUCCUGGACGCACUCGGGCUCGUUGCUGGAUUUGAAGAUGAUAGAGCCAGAUAUCACCGCCUACACCCCCAACGGAGAGUGGGAUCUCGUGGAGGUUACAGGAAAGAAGAAUGAAGUUUUUUACGAGUGCUGUGCGGAGCCGUACCCCGACGUCACCUUCACCCUGGUGAUGCGGAGACGGACCCUCUACUACGGCCUCAAUCUGCUCAUCCCCUGUGUCCUGAUCUCCACUAUGGCUCUGCUCGUCUUCCUCCUGCCGGCUGACUCUGGAGAGAAGAUCUCACUGGGCAUCACAGUGCUGCUCUCCCUGACUGUCUUCAUGCUGCUGGUUGCAGAGAUUAUGCCUCCCACAUCCGACUCAGUGCCUUUAAUAGCUCAGUACUUUGCCACGACCAUGAUCAUCGUCGGCGUCUCGGUCAUCGCUACGGUUCUGGUUUUACAGUUUCACCACCAUGACCCCAAUGGAAGCAAGAUGCCGAAAUGGACCCGUGUGAUCCUGCUAAACUGGUGCGCCUGGUUCCUGCGCAUGAAGCGUCCUGGUGAGGAUCGAGUCCCCUCAGCCUGUCACAACAAGGCCCAGCGGAGCAGCCUGAGCAGCAUGGAGCUCAAUGCCAGCACCCCGGCCUCCCAGUCCACCAACGGCAAACCCUACGCCGGAGCCACCUCGCCGGACGCCGUUGGCCUGUGCGGACGCCUACAUGGACACGCAGGUGAGGAAGCGAUGCUCCUCCCCAAAGGUCAGGGCUCCUCGGUGGGCAGCGUGGAACCAGAGCUGGCCAAGAUCCUGGAAGAGGUGCAUUAUAUCGCCAAGCGCUACCACGACCAAGACCAGAAUGAGUCGGUGAGCAGCGAGUGGAAAUUUGCCGCGGCUGUGAUUGACCGGCUUUGUCUCAUGGCUUUCUCAAUCAUCACGAUCCUCUGCACCAUCGGAAUCCUCAUGUCUGCACCCACCUUUGGCGAGGCCAUUUCUAAGGACUUUUCCAACUAA